AACGAAUCCCGAAACCAGAAUCUCCUCUUUCUUCGUCAACCUCCGUAGCGACGAUGGAUUCUUCAUCCUUUUCAAAUCGGCUAGACAUAUUCGAAAUUUACCGGCGCUAUUGCGAAAUCACAUCAGAGGCAUAUGCCUUUGGAGAAGAUGGUUACAGACCAGCCAAUGAGUCAAAGAAAUCCAAACUAUACAGAGAUGCAUUAUCCCAGCUUCUACAACUAGUUGAGUCAAGAGUGGACAAAAGAAUGCCAAUACUUGAAGAAAUUCCUAUGCUCAUGUCAAGGCUUGAUUUGAUGGUAGACUCAUGUGAAUUCUCACGUUUCUAUAACUUUAUGUUCUUCAUAUGCCGAGAAAAUGGUCAAAGAAGCAUAACUGUAAGCAGAGCAAUCAUUGCAUGGAAAUUAGUUUUAUCCGGAAGGUUCCGACUACUCAAUCAAUGGUGCAGUUUUGUUGAGAAAAAUCAGAGGCACAAUAUCUCGGAGGACACAUGGCGACAAGUUUUGGCAUUUAGCAGAUGUGUACAUGAAAAUCUUGAAGGAUAUGAUCCUGAAGGAGCUUGGCCUGUUUUGAUUGAUGAGUUUGUGGAGCAUAUGUAUAUCAUAAAUGGAUCUGAAGAUGCUCGUAGCUUCUCUUGUAGUUGUGGUGACUCAGAAACCGAACCAAUUGUUGAUUCUCUCCCUGGAUUGAAAAUUCUUCCUGGGGUGAAGAGGAAAUUGGGCGAGGAAGAAUUUAGGGAUUCAAAUACAAUUAUGAAUUCAAAAAGAAGGCAAACUGAUUUUCGGGAGGGAUGUGCAAUGAGUAGUAGCCCAUCGUGUGCUGUGGAGGGCAGCCUUUCAAAAGGUUUUGCAGAACUUUUCUCUGGUCUUUCUUGUUUGCAAUUUGAUCGUGAAACGAGGGUUCCAUUUACAUUAUAAUUGUUUUUUCUUUUUUGUGUUUUAGUUGUGUGUGUAUGUGUGUGAAUUCAUAUAUGUUUCGUGCGUAUCCCCAUUUUUCAUUUUUCUUAGUUUCUUUUUGGGGGUAGGCGAUGGUUUAUAGUGUAUUGUGUGAUUGAUAAAUGGAAUAAGAAAAUCACACCAUGUAUGUGGUAAGAUCGUGUAUGUCAUGUGAUAAGUAAUGUUAUUUUGGGCCGAUAAAUGUUGUUAAUGUG